AUGGCUCUUCCUCCUAUAUUUAGUCCCGUAAAGUCACCGGCAACAGAGUUUCGAUUCAAGUUUACCGAGCCAGCGGUGCGGGACAACGCGGUACAAAUAAAAGAGCGGCUACUGGCAUGGUGCCGUUCCAAGACCAAAGAGUACGAGAACGUGCAACUGGAUAAUUUUUCGACAAGCUGGAACAACGGUCUGGCGUUCUGCGCUUUGCUUCAUCACUUUAGACCGGACGCUUUCGAUUAUUAUUCGCUACGGCCGGAGAAUCGCAGAAUGAACUUUGAGUUGGCGUUUAAAAAAGCCGAUGAACUCGCCGGAAUUGCACCGUUACUUGAUGUCGAGGAUAUGGUGAUGAUGCGCCGACCAGAUUGGAAGUGCGUCUUCACUUACGUACAGUCCAUCUAUCGCCGUUUCAAAGACGAGGAUUAA